CGCCGCCCAGUCUCCCGCCCUGCGUCUAUUUUGUCUGCUUGCUGCAUAGGCAUCGUGAGAGGGGUGCAUUGACGAGACGCGCCUUUGUUAGUCCCGAAGCAGCAGCAGCAGCAGCAGCAGUAACAGGGUCUUCCACGCCUACAUAGCUGGCCACCCUAUCUCGCGGUUCCAUCAACGCCCGCUCGUAAAACCGAGUCAACGAGCCAACACCGACAUACAACAAACAGCACCCAAACACACAUUCAUUCUCGGAUCAUCCCGCACUUAUCGGUCGCGGUGGUGACGACGACGGUGACGACGACAGCGACGACGGCGACCCGAAGAAGCAGCGCGCUCGCAAUGGGCAUACGCGCACGAGACGAUGUACCGCCCGGUUGGGUGAGGGAAGGGGACUGGUUAGUGCCGUGGUGGCACAGCAGGGAGGGGAUCAUCGUCAAAUGGGUCAUUUUCCUCGUCAUCUUCCUGCUCAUCAUGGGGUACAUCCUCGGCGGCUACUUGCACGCGAAGCGGCGGCUGCGAAAGGGCCUCCAGCCGUUGGCUUACCACCGAUGCCUGGUCAGUCGACGGGCUUGGCAACCGCAGCAGUACCAGAACAGCUGGCCACAGCAGGGCGGAGGCGGCUACUAUCAGCCCAAUGCCUACCACAUGGGUAACAUGGCGGCGCCCCCCGUGUACGAUCCGAAUCGCCCGCCCAUGUACACUGGCCCGCCGGCCGGACCUCCAGAUGGGGCCACUAAGGUCGACCCGUCGCAAUGGCGGACGGAGCCUACUAGGCGGCCCGCCGAGGCAGAUCCCGCGCCGGACUAUGCGCCGCCUGGUGGUGGGCCUCCGCCACCCGGGAACAUGCGGUGAAGAGAGGAGGUGUGAGUUCUGGACACGCCAGGGAGAAGGUCUGGGUUGGAGCAAGGAAGAUUGCAAGAUAAAGCAGGUCUCAUCUCUGUCGAUCCUUGGUGGAACGAAGCAGCCCCGGGAAUUCGUGGAAAGCAUUGUUGUAUUGCGCUCGCUAAAGAGUCAGGUAGUUUUAGCAGAUUAGGUGUGCUGUUAUUCCAAAACGCCAGCGUAAUCAGGG